CCCUCUCCGCUCGUUGUCGACAACCUUGUGCCAUUAAAUCUCGGUAUAGCCAGUAUAGCCGCGACACAACGUCUACAGUCCUUGUCGCGCAUCGCUAGCCUGUGUCGGUGGUUGUGUAUGGCUUAGCGACUUACGGAAUUGCCCAUUCUUCGAAGCAAGGUUGUGAUGGAGUCCGGUUUCCAAAAGUGUCUGCCGUGGAAAGCAGGAAAUGUUGCCUUGGACAGCGUGGCCGAGCAGUCCCUGGCCGAACUAAGAAGACUAUUGGAAGGUGAAAAGCUGGUCAACGCUCCGACUGACGCUGCCGACUUGCUGCGCUUCCUGCGGUAUCGUAAAUACGAUGCGCAUGCGGCGCUGGACGUUCUCAAGAAAUACUGCGCAAUCAGAGCCUCCGCUCCGAAGCUCUUCGAAGGACUCAAUGAGCCUGAAAAGAUGCGAGAAGUAGCCCAAGACAUCUUCACGAUACUGCCUCAAAGGAACGUGCAUGGCAAGCCAAUUAUGUUCUGCAAAUUUGGCAAAUGGAAGCCACCCAAGCAGAGCAACCUGCAGCUCGUGCAAGCGAUGGUGUUUUGUCUCGAGCACGUGUCCAUGUGCCCCGAAGCCCAGACGCUGGGCUUUUCGAUGGUGAACGACUUCGAAGACUUCACCUUGCUGUGUGUGAAGCACGUCGAACUCCGCCGCACCAAAGAUUUACUCCACUACAUGCAGAACUGCCUGCCCGUUGUAACAAACGAAGGUCACAUAAUGAGACAGCCUGCGGCUUUUGAUGCAGCCUUCAAGAUAGCGAGACCGUUCCUGAAGGAAGAGUCUGUCAAAGCGGUCCGCCUUCACGGAAAACACGUGAGCGGGAUCCAGAGCGACAUUCCUGUGAGCAUACUUCCCAAGGAGUACGGCGGCACGGCGCCCGACACAAACUGGAACGUCUUCUGGAAGGACGUUUGCCUCGGUAGUAAGCUGGACAGCGCUUAGCUACUACAUAAAGGACUCGGUGUUUCGUGAAUCGUAAUGUUGGCCCCUGGGUUCGUUCUCGGGCGCCCCGGAGAGCACUUAGUUGCCCGUGGUGCACGAAUGUACGUGGACUUCGACCUUCGUGUUCAUCUCAGUCGCAAGUUAGAUUAUAUACAGAUACUCUGGUACAAAUGUGUGUGUCUAUGGAAUAUUGCGGGGGGUGGGGGGAAGGUUGAUUUUUCUAUUUCAGCGCAGCGUGGCCCCCAACGCACAAACCGAGUUUCGUGCAUGUUCGCGUCUUCAGCAUUAUGCAUGGAGGGAUACGAUCGAAGUUGCUUGGAUGAUUGGAUGAUUUAAGAUGUGUAACACCGGGCUAGAACGCAUCGUUAUCACCGCGCCGCCUUGUUGAAAAGCUGUGCCUCUGGUUACAUGAAGCUAAGCGCACACAGUCAAAAUUAUAGCAGACGAACAAACGCGACAGGUUCCCCAACAUUCAUGUGAUAUAUAAUCUUUUCUAGGCACAGUUUGGCUGCGUGGUCGUUUUGAAAUGAUGAUGUGUUUGUGAUGAUUUCCUGAAAUAAAAUUUCAUUUUCACACGUU